GAAACAUGGGCGGAGCUAAGCAAGUCACAGCACACAGAAAACUUUGUUAGCUGCAUGCUAACUUUGCUCCAUCGUAUGUUUGGCAAUGUUACAAGCUUGAAGCAUCACGCCGGAUAUCAUCGAAAAGAUGGAUUGCCAUGGGGAGGAAGAUGGAGAGUUGUGCAGAUUGGCCACUUUAGUGCAACAAAGUCACAUCAGAGCACGAGUGCAACAGUUUGUGGAGGAGAGGAUGCACACCACCAUGGUCACAGGUGUACUGAUUGGAGCUGCAGUUGCAGUCUCACUGAUUGGGAUUGUGGUGCUCUUCCUAUACAGGAGAUUCAAGCUCGCUUGUGAAAAACAGCCCGGCGUACCCCAGUAUCGCUUCAGAAAACGAGAUAAAGUGCUCUUCUAUGGAAGGAAGAUAAUGCGAAAGGUCCAGACGCUGUCCUCGAUUCCUCCUCCCACCUCUACCUCAGUAUCAAAGCCACCGCAACGCAUACGCAAAAGAACCAAAGUUCUGAGCAUAGCUCGCAAAAUCCUGAGGAUCCGUAAAGAUCCUCCCACCCUGCAGCCCAAGGAACCUCCUCCCUCCCUGCUGGAAGCUGACCUAACAGAGUUUGAUGUGCAGAGCUCAAACCUACCCUCUGAGGUCCUCUACAUGCUGAAGAAUGUCAGGGUCUUGGGUCAUUUUGAGAAGCCUUUGUUCCUAGAGCUAUGUCGGCACAUGGUGUUUAUCGAGCUGCAAGAGGGUGAAGGUCUGUUCAGGCCAGGAGAUGAUGACGAUAGCAUCUAUGUGGUACAGGAUGGACGACUCGAGCUUUGCAUCCAGGAGAACGACGGUACAGAACCAGUAGUAAAGGACGUGCACCCAGGAGAUAGCGUCCACAGUCUGCUCAGUAUUCUGGACAUCAUCACUGGUUAUCCUGCUCCAUAUAAGACUGUAUUGACACGGGCUGCAACUCGCUCCACCAUCUUACGUUUACCUGCAUCAGCCUUUGAGUCUGUGUUUAAGAAAUACCCAGAGACACUUGUUCGCGUCAUUCAGAUAAUCAUGGUGCGCCUCCAAAGAGUCACCUUCUUGGCGUUACAUAACUAUCUGGGCCUAACCACUGAGCUCUUCAAUCCGGACUGUCAAGCGGUGCCUUUGUCCAAUAUAAACAGUGUGAUGGGAGAGGUGACUACCGGGAAGACAACUCGUCGUUUGCACUUCCAGGACGAGUUACCUGCUGGGACCACGGAGAGCCCCACAGAGACAGAUGGUGUGAAGGACAGCCCUUCAAACAGCUGCAGGAAACCGCGAUCCAUCUCCAUGCCCACCGACUGCACAGGUAUUGACCUGAACAUGGCUUGUGAACGAGCUCGAGUCAAUAUAGAUGAGGGUCCCUCCAGUCCGGUUACUCAAAAAUCCAGCCUGAAGAAGUGUGUGACAAUGCAGCACACACCCUCUGAAGUGUUUCACUACACUGACAGCGGGGGGCAGUCCGAUGCCAUCCACCUCAGUAAGAGCAGCACAAUCCUCCAGGCUGCUAAGAAGGACCUGAUGGGAAUUAUCCAGCUGCAGGACCCCACUCUGCUUGAAGGCAGAGUUACCCUCCAUCAUGUCAAAGCUGGUUCUGUGGUGGCUCGUCAGGGAGACCAGGAGGUGAGCAUGCAGUUUGUGAUUUCUGGCCUCCUCCAUGUUUACCAGCGGAUGAUUGACCGCGAAGAAGAGACGCGUCUUUUUGUGACGCACCCCGGAGAGCUUGUCGGUCAACUAGCUGUCCUGACCGGAGAGCCCCUCCUGUUCACUGUUCGAGCCCAGCGAGACUGCAGCUUCCUCUCCAUUUCCAAAACACACUUCUAUGAGAUAAUGCGUGUGGAGCCGAAGGUGGUGCUGAAUGUUGCUCACACAGUGGUGAGGAGGAUGUCAUCUUUUGUCAGACAGAUAGACUUUGCUCUUGACUGGAUGGCUGUGGAAGCCGGCAGGGCGGUCUACAGGCAGGGAGACAAAUCAGACAGUACUUUAAUAGUGCUGAGUGGUCGACUUCGUUCUGUAAUCAUGAAAGAGGAUGGCAAGAAGGAGCUGAUAGGAGAGUAUGGACGCGGCGACCUGAUUGGAGUGGUGGAGACACUGACACGUCAGAACAGAGCAACAACAGUGCAUGCUGUACGAGACUCUGAGCUCGCCAAGUUACCAGAAGGAGCACUCAGCUCCAUCAAGAGGAAGUUCCCUCAGGUUGUCACCAGGUUGAUCCACUUACUAGGACAGAAGAUCCUUCAGCAGGUCAAUGGUCCUCUGACAGCUCGCAGUUUGGCCCUCCAAACCCCCGGCAGUAAGUGGGAUGCAGGGAACCAGGCCUCCAACCUCUCCACUGUGACAGUCCUGCCCGUAUCAGAAGAAGUACCUCUCACUGCCUUCACUCUGGAGCUGCAGCAUGCACUCAUUGCAAUAGGUCCCACUCUUCUGCUGACCAGUGAUAUUAUUAAACAGCGACUUGGAGCUGCAGCACUAGACAGUGUCCAUGAGUACCGUCUGUCCAGCUGGCUGGGCCAACAGGAAGACAUCCAUCGCAUAGUUCUUUACCAGACGGACAACACGCUGACCCCAUGGACUCAGCGGUGCAUCCGUCAGGCCGACUGCAUCAUUAUUGUGGGACUAGGAGAGCAGGAACCUGUUGUUGGAGAGCUGGAGCGUAUGUUGGAAGGAAGUGCAGUGCGCGCCCAGAAGCAGCUGGUGCUGUUGCACAGAGAAGAUGGCCCCCCACCCAAAGGAACUGCGGACUGGCUCAACAUGCGAAGCUGGAUCUCCAGACAUCUCCACCUGUCUUGUCCCCGAAGGGUCUUCUCUAAGAGGAGCCUGCCCAAACUGUUGGAGCUGUAUCAACGUGUGUUUGAGAAGCCAGCAGACCGCCACUCAGACUUUUCCCGCCUGGCUCGAGUCCUUACUGGCAAUGCUAUUGCUAUUAUCCUGGGAGGUGGAGGGGCCAGGGGCUGUUCCCAGGUGGGGGUAAUGCGAGCUGUCUGCGAGGCCGGCAUCCCAGUGGACCUCAUUGGUGGCACCUCUAUCGGUUCCCUGAUGGGGGCGCUAUAUGCUGAGGACCGUAGCCACAGUCGCAUGAGGAUGAGGGCCAAAGAAUGGGCAAUGGAAAUGACUUCAGUGUUUAAGAAGAUUCUGGAUUUGACGUACCCAGUCACCUCCAUGUUCUCCGGCGCUGCCUUCAACUCCAGCAUCAGCAGUGUUUUCAAGAGCAAACAGAUUUGAGGUGAGUGAGAUGAGGACCUUUGGAUCCCGUAUUUCAAUAUCACAACUGACAUCACUGCCUCGGCUAUGAGAGUACACACUGAUGGUUCUCUGUGGCGGUAUAUUCGUGCCAGCAUGUCUCUGUCUGGUUAUCUGCCUCCUCUCUGUGACCCCAAAGAUGGACACCUGCUGAUGGAUGGAGGCUACAUCAACAACCUGCCAGCUGAUGUGGCGCGCUCCAUGGGGGCCAAAGUGGUGAUAGCUAUUGACGUGGGCAGCCGGGAUGAAACCAACCUCACUAAUUAUGGCGACUCGCUCUCAGGCUGGUGGCUGCUAUGGAAACGCCUCAACCCCCUUGCUGAGAAAGUAAAGGUGUUGAACAUGGCGGAGAUUCAGACUCGGUUGGCCUAUGUGUGCUGUGUCAGGCAGCUGGAGUCUGUGAAGAACAGUGACUAUUGCGAGUACAUCAGACCUCCAAUCGACAGAUACCGUACCCUGGAGUUUGGCAAGUUUGAUGAGAUUGCUGAGGUUGGAUACCAGCACGGAAAGACUGUGUUCGAUGUUUGGGGCCGCAGUGGAGUGGUGGACAAAAUGAUGAAAGACAGACACCAGGAGGAGUUCUACAACACUCAAAGCAAGAACAAUGUGGUGACUUGUCCCAAUGCUUCCUUUACUGACCUGGCAGAAAUUGUGUCCCGCAUCGAGCCCGUCAAACCUGCACUGGUGGACGAGGAGUCAGACUACCACACUGACUAUGAAGAGGAGGCAUUAGAGAGCGCUCUGUCUGACAUGGAGCUAUACAAUCGCUACGGAGAGCACACUGAAGGGGAGGAGACUGCUGACACGGAUGAAGAGCUGGAAGGGAGACAUGCACGGCACAUUACCUCACGCAGCAGCAGCCACCCUCUGUCUCCCACCGUCUCGGACAGUUCACUGGACAUGCUGUCAAGCCAGGACGUCCUUUCCAAACAGUCCAUUAACUGAAGUGAAAUGAACUCUGCCCGAACAGGUCAUCACAGUUUAACCUGCCUGUCUUUGCCACAUUUUACCUUCCAGUCUGUCCCACGUGACUCACUGUCAGCCUGACUGUGAAGACCAUUUUACCCUCUGUAAUCUGACCUCGUUAGCUGUGGGGUUGACAUAACAAAUGGACCAAAUACAGACAGCCAGUUUCACAUUUACUCAGCUGCAAGUCAUAUGCAUUCCUAUCACACAAGAGCAGCUGCAAGUCUAAUAUUUUCUCAUAUUGAGAUAGUCAAGAUUACUUUCUGUAGCUUUACAUGAAUCACACCUGUCCAGUGGAAGACAGAAGGAAGGAGAAGUGAGGAUUUCCAUGAAAUAUAUAUAUUUUUUUAUAUGAACCCAGAUGAAAAUUAGUUUUGACUAGAUUUGAUAGUCAUUACCCAAAUUCUAUGUUAUCUAGACAUUUUUGAUAUGAUUUCCCCAGGUUUUGACACAUCUGUCUCUGAGAUUUGUGCCAAGCACAGCAGUAGAAAAUUACCAUGUCAACAAAAUUCACCAUGUCAAAAAAUUAUUAAAGGGAUAACUAAGAACAACAUGUUUUUACACAAAAUAAUGUGUUUUAAAUUUGACUAUUUACACCUCUUUAGACCACCGACAACCAGUCAAGUGAAUUAGUCCAAGAAGAUAAAUGACUGUAAUGCUAUAAUCUGUAAUGAGGGAUCAAAUUUUAAAGAAUUCUAAGCCAAAAAUGUUGGGAGUUACUUCUCUGAAUAACAACAUAACAUACUGUCAACAGCUUUCAAUGGUACUGAUUCCUCAGUAGAUAGUGUAUCCAGAGCAAACUGUUGACAGUGUGGUCUGUGGAUUGUCCUGAGUAUGUGCGACACUGUUUCUGAUGAGAGAUAUGUUCAAUGGUGGGCAUGACGAAUGAAAAAGAAAACCUCAGAGACUAAUUUUUUAAACUUGGGCAAAUGAAACCAAAACUACAUGGCUAGAUAACACAAGAGGCAAGUAAGACACUCAGCGGCCACUUUGUCAGGUACACCUGUCCAAUACAACAGCUCUGCCAUUAGCAUUGAGGUCAUAACUAUGACCGUCAGAGGUAGUUAACACCUCUGACGGUGCCUGGUUAUAGGAAUCAUGGCAGAACAGCUGUAGGGAAUUGGACUGUAUAGGUGUACCUAAUAAAGUGGACACUGGUUGUUUUUGAGCAGAGCUAAUUACAGUGAUCAAUUAUUCUUUCAAUCUACAGAAAGUAUGGGCAUGCAGGUGUUGAAUUGUUGUACUAAGAUUAAUUUGGGAAAACGUGAAUCUUGUACUUGCCCACCAAACAUGACUAAUUUAAAACCACAAAGAGAGCGCAACAAGCAGCCCACUGCGUGGUCAUGGCUGUCAGCUCUGUUUUGUUGUACCCAGUGUGCCAGAGUCAUGGAGGGAAGUUAAUGAUUGCAAUCCACUUGAAAGUACCAGUUUCCCUCUCAGCUGGCAAGACAGCCUCUCCCCCAUCUGUUUUCUGACUUGAAUUUGUCAGACACAGACUGAGCAGCAGAUAGUGUGGAUCUGCUGGGUGAACUCGUCUCCGCACAAUUCAUGCACAUGGGCUAUCUGCAGCAGAAACAUGUUGUACACAAGUGGCCUGUCAAGAUGUGUUUAGGUCCUUUUUUUUUUUCAGUGUUUUGAUCAAAUGUUUCUGUAGAAACUGCAAACAAAACAGUAGUCAAUAGAAUAGUCAAAUGUAAUUGUGAAAAAAGUGAUUCAUUAUAUAUUUUCAUAUUCAAGCCAAGAAUAUAUACAACCUAAGCCCUGGAUGAAUUUAAAACCGCUGGACAAUCAUUCCUGAAAUGCAAUGCACAAUUAAACUAACAAAUCGUUAUAGAGCUUUGUUUAACACGCCUCUCUGUAUGACACUAUACCAUUAUUAUAGAAUUAACUCAAUCUCAAUCACAACUAGGGCUGCAAAUAACAAUUAUCAUCAUUAUCAUUAAUGUGAUGACUAUUUUUUUUUUCUCCCAAUUUUCCCAAAAUAGAUUAAUCUUUUGCUCUAUGUCAGAAAAUAAUUUCGUCAGAGCCCAAGGUACAUUUUUCCAACAGUCCAAAGCCCAAAGAUAAUCAAUUUACUACAAAGUAAUUCCAGGCAAAGCAAGAAAUCCCCACAUUUGAGAAGCUGGAACCAUCAAAUGUUUUGGCAUUUUUGUUUGAGGAAUGGCUUAAGCAAUUAAUUGAUUAUCAAAGUAGUUGGUGACAAUACUGCAUAACAAACAUUUUGAUGAGGAUCCCUUAAAGCUGGGGUAGGAAAUUUAUUUCAGAAGCAUUUUAUGUUAUAUUUGUUGACAUUCUCUUUACGUCCCGACAGCAAUCAAUAAAUGAAAUGCUCUGACACAAAGAUGUCUGUCUACCUCCCUGCCUGGGAUUAUAUCUCUUGCUAGUUUCUCCAAAGUUGCCUACCCCAGCUUUAAAUUAGCUUUAGAAUUGUGACCAAUAUACUUAGUGGCACAUUUUCUUGUCACUGUCCUCCGACUAACAAUCUCAUGGUUGACACUGCACUACAAUUUUUUUUAUUACUUAUCUGCCGACUCAUACAUUGAAAUACCAAUAUACCUGCGAUAAACUAAUCAGCUGGCCGAUGGCUCUAAUCAGUAGAAUAUGAGUUAAAAUUUUCUGAUUUUAUUAUCUUCCCACUUGGUAUAGCACCCUGUGUGCCUCCCUAUAUCGACCUUCUGUUCUGUAGCUAAUACUGGUGCUACAGUGCCCGCAGCCUUACACAUGUAGAUGGUAGGAGAAUCAGUGUGAUUAACACUACGGAGGUCCCAUAUGUUGUUGGGUAAAUGGAGCCUGGACACAGAAUGUGCGAGCAAGGCGGUGAUAGGAAAACGUUUGCUGUUUACCAAUGAGGUAAUGGUGUUUGCACUGGUUUUUUUUGUACUUUUGGGUGGUUUCCAAAAACUGAGCACAAUAUAUUGGUGUCUGGCAGAAUGAAUGUUUCACUACUUUAUUAAAUGGGACAUGGUGAUGGAUGAAGUGCUUAUGUAAUGUGUGGAACUUUGCCAUGAAGAUAAUGUAACGAAGCCUUAGGUAACCCAUACGGAACAACAACCACUUGUGCCCUCUUUUGGCAUGCCUUUUGAUGAUUAGAGUAGAAUAAUGACUGAUGUUUGCCAAUAAGCCUGUACCGUACGACAUCAGUUACAUGUCUAUAUGUAUGUUGUUUGACAAAUAUUGUAUUUGAUAAUAUAUUGUUACUAAUAAACCAGUGUUUGUUGUGUA